ACGGAGUAUUCCUGAAAGGAUAAAAAGAACCGCACGAGUUGGAGAUCGACCAGAAGAUGAAUGGAUUUGGUAUCUGUAAACCCGACCCAGAUCUACCUUUUUGCACCGCCACUUCACACCCAACACAAGUUCCCACCUUCACCCGUUUUCAGAUUCGGGUAUCGACCCGUUUUCAACCCUCUGUUACAGAAACCAAUUUCCUCUUCAAUCUCUUCUCACCAAAAUUCCUGCCACAAGAAGAGGUUGACCGCCGUGAAGGCCAGCCGCAAAGGAGAGACUCCUUACGAGGUCUUGGGCGUCUCGCCUGCUGCAACUCCACAUGAAAUUAAGAAAGCGUAUAGGAAACUCGCUCUUAAAUAUCAUCCUGAUGUCAAUAAAGAGCCCAAUGCAAAGGAGAAGUUUAUGAGGAUUAAGCAUGCCUACAAUACAGUGCUAAACUCCAAGGCAAGAAAGAAGUAUGGUUCUGGAAGUGACUCAUCUAAUGAUUCUUAUGACACAACUUCGGGUAGCCAAAGUGGAACAACAAAAGAUGAAGAUUUUUAUGGAUUUGAGGACUUCUUUAAGGAUGUUCAAGAAGAAUUCCGAAAUUGGGAAGUAAAUUUAGCCUCACAAGGGAAGCCGAAGAGUUUGUGGGAGGAAGUGGCGGUGAGUGAAUUAAAUAUUCUUGUACUGUAUAUCACUAUAUCUAGAAACAAGAGAAGAUAUCGAAAAUGUGACAACUUAGAUCUCCUGAAAUGCAAGGGAAUUAAAGUAGGGAGAAAAAUUGUAGGAAAAUUUGAAGUAAAUAAAACGUGAGAAAAAAUAAAAAAUUGCUUCAAACUCAAUUUAAUCUAUAUUUGGAGAUGUUUGAACUCAUUUUCUUUAAUAUUUGUAAUAUGUAAGUUCUAUGAAUUAUAGAUAUGUGAAAAAUUCCACAAAGGUUGGAGGGGUUGCUUACUAUUUUUUCUACAAGUCCAAAUCGUAUUAAGAUUAAAUAGUCUUUAUGCAAGAGACAGUUUAAUUUAAUGGGUAAUGCCACUUAAUAACCAACAUUUAUUUCAUAAUGGGUUUAAAUAAUGGGUUUAAAGAAUUGGUUGAAUCGAAGUCUCUAUGACAAUCUAUUCCAUAAUAGUUAUUUUCUUAAUAAGGGAAUGCCUAAUUAUUAGGGCUUAGUUAGGAAAUGAAAAAUAUCUUAGGGCUUAAUGUUUAGUCAGUGUUUAACUGAAUGAAUAAGGCAUAUUUUCAAUUUAGUCGUAAGCAAAACAACUUGAUGGCUGGACAAUUGUCACUACCCGGUUAAGCCUAUCAAGCACAAGGAAACAUCCCCUAGACAUUUUGUUUUUUGGAAUUUUCUUAUUUUCUAAGGAAAAUUCAACCAUUCAAAAACUAUUUGUCUUGGUAUUUUUCUCUGUUCCUUUUCUGAGUCCCAAACAUAACCCGCAAGUUCUUUUAUGCCCAUCAAAAAGUGGAAGGCUAUUUUAUGUUACAUUUCUCUGUUCUGUAAAUGGUUGGUACUUAACAGGAAAUUGGUGAAGAAUUCAUUGAGUUUUUAGAGAAGGAACUUGACAUAACUGAUGCUGAGGCAGAAGAGGAGAGCCUCAGGGAAAAAGCGGCUCAGAAUAAUGCAUCUUCUAGUGUAGAUGGAAUGUCAAAUGGCACAGAACAUAAAGCGACUGAAAAAAGAAGUAACAUUGAGGAAAAUUUGGAUGAGAUCGAAGAAGCUCUAGCUCGGUUGAAGAAGGAAUUGGGACUACUAUGAUGGAAAGCCUAGAAUAGUUAUUGGAAACUGUAAGUGGUUGUAUCAAUGUGUUAACUAGUUGCCAUCAAAUUUCCCCAGGCUUAGUGCAUUCCCUCUACAUGGUUUAAGCGUGUAACUGUACAAGCGCAUACUCCACAUUUUUUUGGUGUACAAGUGUAUUGUGUCAUAUGAAGAUAGUAAAUUAAUUUGUUAGAUUAUAGCACGUUUGAAGUGCAUCCAGUUUGUAGAUUAAAAGAACAGAAAUAAUUUUUAUGAGAUGAAUGGAGCAUUAUAUAUUUGUACAGAUC